AUGAUACAAUCCCAACUUUCCGGACUAGCCACCGAAAUUGGAGAUGUGAGAGAUGGAUUAAAUAAUGUUCAAAAUCAGUUAGAAACCCAAGGCAAAGCCUUAAAAGGACAAAUUGAUGGAGUAAAAUCUGAACUCGAAGGUCAGUUAAAACAACAAGGCCAAAAAUUCGACCAAGAAAUUAAAAAUUUGGAUAAAAGAUUAGCCGAAGCCACCGGAGAAAACAGACACUUAAUUGAAGAAGAAGUCAGAAAUAGAAAAAAAGAAAUUGCCGAAGUUAGGCAAGAAUUAGAAAGUCAAAUUAGAGAAGUUACGGAAAAUCUAACCCGAGCCCAAGAAGCCUUAAAGCAAGAAUUAGAAGAUUUCAAAAACGAAGUCAAUGAACGCUUUGAAGAACAAGAAAGAAAGAUUUUAGAAAACAAACGCAAAAUUGAAGAAGAACGUCGUAAACGAGAAGCCGAAAUCCAAGAAAUCAACAGCAAAAUAAAAGUCACUAAUACUAACUUAGAAAACUUACGGCAAGAAAAGGAAGAAUUAUCCGACAGCUUUGACAAAUACAAGGCUCAAAUCGACCAAAAAACUGCUGAAACUCAACAGGCUUUUGAAGACACUCAGGCCGAAUACCAACGCAAGACAGCCAUCUUAGCCGAACAAAUUAAAGAUAAUGAAGAAAUAAUCAACGAAUUCCAAGAAGACUUAACCAAUGUCCGCAACGAACAAGCCAAACAAAGAGUCCAACAAGAAGAAAUCUUGGAAGAAUUACAAGAAACCAACGAUAUUUUAUUCGCUCAGCAAAGAAAACUUAACCUAGUGGCCGAACAAAUGAAUGAUAUCCAAGAAGAAGUCCACGAACGAAUGGAUAAACUCUCGCAAAAGUUAGAUGACCGCAUAAAUGAAACUCUUAAUCUGGCCAAGGAUACCAACCAAAGAAUUGACAAACUAACCGAGGAAGUCCAAAACAUUCAAGAAACCACUGAACAACUCCAAGAACAAAUCAAAAAGAACAAGGAGGAAACCAAAAAAGCCAAACAAGAGGCUAAACUAGCCAACGAAAGACUAGACAACUUAAUUAAAUCUCAGCAAUUGUUAGACUUUUCUGCUGAACAAUCAGCCAUUAGGAAAAUUGAAAAAUCCCUUGAACUCAAAGCCGAAGAAACCAAAUUAAUUGCUACUUUAAAUCUCUUGCAAGAGACCAAAAAACUAAUUCCAGUAGAACCAUCCGAAAGAAACUGA